AUGGAUGAAAAUAUUUACGGAAAAACUGCUGAAUUGGCUAGUAACUACCAAUCGUGUCGGCAUCUGUCUGUUACAUUUUCACCUUUGUAUCACGAUAAUGAGCAAACAUUGAGUAUAAAUCAGAGUCAUGGAUCUUCAUUUCUUAUGCAAGAAUUCUCCUCAGAAUAUUCCUAUAUGCUUGAUUUCUGCCUGGGUCUCUUUUGCCCGGGCCCCGGGAGAAGACAAAAAAAGGAAAGAUAUAUCAAUCCUGCUUCCCUCGCUUUAUCAAGACCUCGUCGUCGAUAUCCCCUUCCAACACCUGUCUAUCCUCUUCCUGCGCCUAUAAUUCCUCCUCCGGGACAGAACUACGAACAACUUCGUCCUAUCAGUCCCAUAUACUAUCCGGAACCGGAACUGGAGUUUGAACCUGAGCCUGAGCUUUUUCACCCUCAAGCGUUUCAGCGAGUUCCUUUUGAUUCGGACUUGAGACGUAGAUUAGAGCCUGCAGCUCAGCGAAUUCAUCUUGUCGAGCCAGAGCCGGAAGUUUAUUUACCUCUUCCUCGUCCCAGAUCACCACCAAGACAACACAUACAUUUUGUCCAACAGCUUUCACCACCAUACAUUCCUUCACCUCCACCUUCUCCCACGAUUCAUCAUAUUCACGUAUUACCUCCUCCUGUCGUCCUUCCUGCACCAAGGCAGCCAUCUCCACCACACACCCAUAUCCACCUUCUUGGUCCUGCUCCUCCUCCCCGAAUCGUAACACCGCCAGCUCAAACCCUUGCUUUAGUCCCGCUCCCAAAAGUUAAAAGGAACAUGAAUUUCCCCGAUCACCCUCAUCAACAUCCCCAUCCUUAUCAUCACCACAAUCACAAUCACAACCAUCGACACCGCUCUCCUUCUUCUUCUCCUUCUCGUUCUCCUUCUCCACACUCCCAUGCACACCACCCCCCUCAUAGUCACGCCAAUAAUCAACAAAAUAACCAAAGCAAUUUGAAUAAUAUCCCUCUAGCAGACCUCAUCCGCGACGUUUUACAUCGCUAUCUACAAAUUAAUUUGUCGCCUGGAACAGCGAUUAGUAUAGCGAGAUUGAUGUCUAACAGUCGAAAUCCUAGUUCUAAUUUGAGCGUUCAAGCAAAUGCUGGAACUGAUAGACAUCGCUCGCGGAGUCGGUCACAGGGGAGAGGAAGAAGAGGCAGACAUAAAAAUAAUUAUUAUAAUGGAGCAGCGAAUGGGAGUGCACUUGGUAGUGGUAGAAGGGGAAAUGGAGGAAAUGGACAAGCGGCUAUGAUUACGGACUCGAGUUCGGAUUCGGAUAAUCAGCCAACACAGAAAAGCAAACCUGGUUUGUUAGAAGAGAUUAGAAGAGUAAAUAUGUGCGCCCAGGUGGCAAAUGGUAUCAUCAGAGCAUCUAUGCUCAACGCGGAGGUCCAUCCUAAGCUAGAUGCUAAAGGACGAUAUCCGAAAUAUUUUCAAUGUCCUUUGAAAGUUAGAGACUUUUUGGCUAUGGAUACAAAAACUCUAGACACCCUCCUCACCACCUACGAUCUCCCAGUAGCAACGCGUCACCGCUCUACUGAUCCAGCAGCCCUCGCAAUUUUCAUGGCUCAUCUCGCGCAUAAUCAAAAUACUCCAAAAUAUGGAACUAGAAAUCUUCCCUGCGACUGCAGAAUCUGCGCGCCCGUUCAUGAAGAUCAAAAGACGGCGAAGAGAGAAGUACUUUUUGAACAUCUCUGUGUAGGGGCUCUACAUGGUGGGUCGGCGGUGGGGAAUUUGUCGGCUCAUGGACAUUCUCAAGGUAAUGGUCAAGGUCAAGGACAGGCGCAAGUGCAAUAUCAUUCAACUCGAGGAGGAGGCGCAUUAAUAGCCGGAAACGCAGGAGUUGGAGGUGGCCGCGGAGGAGGUGGGAAUCAAGGCGCGAACGCAAACGCGAACGCAAAUGUAGCAGGUUAUCUCAUUCUUCCGCAACCGGGUCAUGCGAUACAAGUGCAGAAUGUGCAGGGAGCAGUGCCAAAUCGGUUGAAUAAUAAUAAUAUUGGGCUUCCGCAGCCGAGUCCACAUGGGAGUCAUUUGCAUCAUGCGUCGCAGCAUUUGAGCGGUGGGAAUGGAAAUGGGAGUGGCAAUGGUGGAUUAUUGAGACCGCAUACCUGA